GUUGGGCUUCUCUCUCCGAGCGCCGGGCUCCGGGAUCCGGAUCCGGAUCCGCCUCUUCCUGCCGCCGUUCCGGGGCGGAGCGGGAAGUGAGGCCGGGGGCCGAGGGAGGAGGGAGAGACUGAGACAUAGGAUCUCGGACUCGUAUCGGCCGUCCACCUUCCCACCCCAACAUGCUCAGGGGUCUUCCCCUCCCCCUCCCCCUCCUGUCCGCCCCCUCCAGCCGUCCCCUCGUCUCCGGCCUCCCGUCUGCAGACGCCGUCUCGUCCUGCCUGUCCGGGGCCAGCCGGGAGCAGGUCCGCCAGCGGCUGACAGCUGCUCCUGCCAGCCUGGAUCCGCGACCCGCGCCGGGCAGGGUCAGGCACACCGCCGGGAUCUUGCUGCCCCUGUGCCGGGGGCCGGGGGGAGACCCCUCGAUCCUCCUCACCCUCCGCUCCGCGCAGCUCUCAGGAAGGCACCAGGGAGACGUCAGUUUCCCCGGUGGUAAACAGGAUCGCUCGGACGGCGACAUCGUCGACACGGCGUUGAGGGAGACCGAGGAGGAGGUGGGGCUCCGAGUGUCGAGGGCGAGUGUGUGGGGGACCCUCCGCCCCGUCCCAGAGCGGCAGUCUGGAAUGCUCGUCGUUCCUGUCCUGGCUCAUGUGGGAAUCCUGGAUGCAGCCAAUCUCCGACCCAACCCGGCCGAGGUUGAGGACGUUUUCACUGUGAGCAUCUCCCAUCUGUGCACCGAGCAGAACAGAGGGUACACCAGGUUUCGAAAGGACGGGAGGUACGCCUACACGCUGCCCGUCUUCCUGAAUGCCAAGUACAAGGUGUGGGGCCUGACCGCAGUCGUGAUCGAAUCCCUGCUCUCCCUCCUCUUCCCGGGGUCUUACCGGGCCGUCUAUCGAACUGUGCACGCUCCCAGCGUCACCCGCGAAAGAGGGGAGCGAGCUGCGUCAAUAAAGUAGCACGUUCGACACCGGAACGUCACCCCAUGUCCCGUCAUUUGCU